UCGACGUGACUGGAAGUCCGUACUGCUGCUGCUGCCGCUGCUGUGUCUACUUUUCGCCUGAGUAGAGAUGGUUUACGGCUUCUCUUGUGUAGAGAAGAGAUUAUUAACGAAGUCUUUAGUUGUUCACUGUCGUAUUUAGAGUCCACUUUCUUGCUUAUUAGUCUUUCUGGACGUGCAACGACCAGUCAUUCUGCAGAGGAAGACCGUCAUCUUUCCAAACUCGAGAGGGCCCGGGCUCGGCUCGGGGAACAUCCGUUCCUGUCAUGGAAGGAGAUGGGGGCAGCGAGAUCAAACAGUGGUGUCUCUCUCAGGUUAAAGGAGCCAUUGAUGACGAUGUAACAGAAGCUGACAUUAUCUCUGCGGUGGAGUUCAAUCAUUCAGGAGAGCUUUUGGCUACUGGAGAUCGAGGUGGCCGAAUAGUCAUCUUUCAACAAGAACAAGAGAGUAAAACCUUGCCACAGUCUCGAGGAGAGUACAACGUCUACAGCACCUUCCAGAGUCAUGAACCAGAGUUUGAUUAUCUGAAGAGUCUGGAAAUUGAGGAGAAGAUUAACAAGAUCCGCUGGCUCCCUCAGAAAAAUGCUGCUCACUUUCUGCUGUCAACAAAUGAUAAAACCAUAAAGCUGUGGAAAAUCAGUGAACGAGACAAGAGACCAGAGGGCUACAACCUUAAAGAAGAGGAUGGACGCUACAAGGAUCCUACAUCUGUUACUACACUACGGGUUCCAGUGUUCCAGCCCAUGGAUCUGAUGGUGGAGGCCAGUCCUCGGCGGGUCUAUGCCAAUGCACACACCUAUCACAUCAACUCUAUUUCAGUUAACAGUGAUAACGAGACCUACCUGUCUGCAGAUGACCUACGAAUCAACCUGUGGCAUCUUGACUUUACAGACCGUAGCUUCAACAUUGUGGACAUCAAGCCAGCUAACAUGGAAGAACUGACUGAAGUGAUCACAGCCUCCGAGUUUCACCCUCUACAGUGUAACACCUUUGUCUACGGCAGCAGCAAGGGCUCUGUGCGCCUGUGUGACAUGAGAGCAGCUGCGUUGUGUGAUAGACACUCAAAAUUGUUUGAGGAGCCCGAGGACCCCAGUGCCCGCUCUUUCUUUUCUGAAAUCAUCUCCUCUGUCUCGGACGUCAAGUUCAGCCACAGUGGCCGCUACAUGAUGACCCGUGACUACCUAACGAUCAAGAUCUGGGACCUCAACAUGGAGAGCCAACCUGUGGAGACUUAUCAGGUCCAUGAGUACCUCAGGAGUAAGCUGUGUUCUCUCUAUGAGAAUGACUGCAUCUUUGAUAAAUUUGAAUGCUGCUGGGGCCACGAUGACAGUGAGGUCAUGACGGGCUCCUAUAACAACUUCUUCCGCAUGUUUGGUCGUGACGGCCAGCCUGGAGUGACCCUGGAGGCCUCGUGGGAGAGCAGCUCGCCCCGCUGCCCGCUGCGGCCGUGGAGGGUGUGUGCAGGGAGCAGGCGCAAGGAGGACGAGAUCGGGGUGGAGUGCCUGGACUUCAGCAGGAAGAUUCUCCAUACUAGCUGGCACCCUCAGGAUGGCAUAAUCGCAAUGGCAACCGUUAAUAACCUUUAUAUAUUUCAGGAGAAACUGAACUAGGACUUUUAUGGCUUUGUCUCUAGUUCUGGAUCCAGGGGCUCGGCCUAAGUGGUUACCAUUAAAUAUCCACUUCUGGUCAGGAGCUAGGACUGUUUACACGUUUUGCAGUCAACUCACUGUCUUACCAUUUACCCUUUGUAGCGCCUUGGAGAAGAUGCUUGCUUUAAAAAAUGCUCUGCUACAAGAAAACUGUCUGUGUGCAUUUGGUUAUGGCAUUUUAAAUGGUUAUAGUGGUCGAUUUAUUACUUGCUUAACUCUUGUUUGUUGGCCUGUUUUUUGUGCUUAGUUUUUGAUGCAUCCCAUUUUAGGUUCUCAUCCAAAGACUACUCUGCACUUAAAAAACUAAGUUAAAGUGCCAUGUUAGAAUUAUUUGAUUUUUCUCAUAUAUACACAUACCUACCUACCACAAACUACUUUUUCAGAUCCUAAACAAAUAUGAAUUAAUCUGUUGGAAUACAUGAAGUGAAUGGACUUGAAUCUGUUGGACCUGCAAUGUAAAACAAAACUGCUUUCAUUUAUCAUGUAGCCACCAAUUUGAGGUAGUUUUGAUCAACUCUAUAUAUCAUGUCAAAUUGAACCCACAGUUAGUUCAUUAAACAGAAAUCCAGCUCUGUGACACAACCCCCUGGACCCCACUUAUCGUCUUUUUUUUAUGAUUCUCUUAGUUCCCCUUAUCAGUCCUCAGUCUUUUGCUCAGGCAGCCUUAAAUGGCAGGGAGCAGCCCUCCUCAGGCUCAGUCCAGAACUUGGCACAAGUCUAUAAAUGCAGUUAUCUUUAUGUGCGGCCUAUAAGUGGCCGUUUUGUGCUUAUAAUGCUGAUAAUGUCCUUAGUGGGCGGAACUAACAGUGGCAUUAAGUUGUCCAAUACUGUACACUUUGGUGACUGGUAUCAGUCUUUGUUUUUUAUUGUUUUUACAGGGACAAAGGAGCUGAUGUUUUGCCUAGCCUUGUGUGUGUACAAUUGUACAUGUCUUACAAUGUCCUCUAUUAUUUGAGUGUAUUGUGAAUAAUUUUAUUUGCAGCUUUUUUAACACAGUGGUUCCUAUAAAGGUAAAGAAAGAAUGACAGUUAUUUUUUUAUGAAAUUACACAUUUGAAAUGUCUUUCUCAGGGUAUUUUAAUGUAGUCGUAUCACUGAUUGAGAGUCGUUGUUUGCAGGGUCUCUGUGUUUUAAACUGACUCUGUUGAAGUGAGUAGACGGACAGGAAUAGAGUUUGCUUCUAGUUGUACAAUGAAAAAUAGGGCUACUUGCCGUAAGUACUUAACAGUAAUAGUGUCCCAUGUCACUCUUAUAGUUGUAAAACCCUAGUGUGAAAUAAAAGUUACUUUAAAAUUUU